GAGAUUUUCUCACAGUUCCAGAGUUUACUCCAUCUCCCCCCCCCCCCCCCCCCAAGAGCUUGAUAAGACCUAUCAGCAACCGCUUCAUUCAGAUGCUGGAAGUGUGCACAAGAAUGAAUGAGCUCUUGGAUGUAGUAGUGGUACACUACUAUCAUGCUCUGGACUCAAAUGAGGAACAUGAAUACAGAAGACUUCUUAAUCAGGUGUUUGAUCGACAUGACCUCACAGAUGAGGAAAGGGCCAGAAUAGUUGUUCUCCAGAGAGAACAGGCAGCAGCUUCCCGAACGGGAACACAAGUAAACCAAGACCGAAAAGGGCGGAUCUCUGUGGUCAUUACAGAGUUCGAACGAGUAAAGGUCAUGAUCGACUUGUACAGAGGGGUCCUUCUGACAUUUCAGAGAUUUGUCAAAGAGCUUCAACAUGAAAAACCAAUGGUGCAUUUGCUGCAUGUGGAAAUGGUGGCCCUUGUAAGAGAGCUCCUGAGCAAAUUUAUGACACCAAAGACCAUUCCAUUGAGCCACAAGGAGCUUCUGAAGGUCGAUGUUCGGAACAGGGAUUUGCAACUGUCAAACAAGAGGCUCUCUGUUGGACAGUUCUGCUACAGUGCAUUGAACAAAGCCCGUGUGGAGAGGAAGGUAUGGGUGAAACAUAUUUAUGACUCUCUCAGAGAAGGGUAUAUGAAGUCAGCAGAGUUUCUGCAGAAAAACCUUCCCUUGGAUAAUAGCAUACUAACAUCACUCUCGGCUCUAACUCCGGCUCUAAUUCAGUCCGAUGCUGUUGUUGGAGCAUUCACUACAAUAGGAGAAGCCCUGCCAAAUGUUGUCCCGCCUGAGGAGAUCGGUCAACUGGUGGAGGAAUGCAGGGCCUACCAAAUGGAUGCAGAUAUGCUUCUUCAUUUACCAAGCUACAUCGAAGGGGACUGUCGAGUUGAUGUGGACUGGUGGAGCCAUGUUGUGUCCUUGAGAAAUGCGGAGAGAGAUGUGAGGUAUCCCACCUUGGGCAAACUUGUGAAAGCAGUUCUGUCCAUUUUUACUGGCCCCUUGGUAGAGGGAUCAUUCAAUUUAAUGGAUGAUCUCCUAGAGUCUGACAGGUGUUCCAUGAAUGUGGAAACAUAUGAGAGCCUCACAGUGAUCAAGUCCACACUUAAGGCCAGGGACUGGACAGCCUCAACUAUGAACAUUGACCAGCCUUUGAGGCGAUCCUGCCUUUCAUCAUUCCUAAACUACCAAUUACAUUUAAAGAAAAAGAAAGAAACUACACAGGCACUAAAGCAGAAAAGGCUUAAUGAGGCAGCAAGGAUGCUGUCCUCAAAGGAGGCAAACAAACUGGCUCAACAGGCCCGAAAAAUCAAAAGGCCAGCAAAAUCCUCCUCUGCUCAAGCCUCCAUCUCAAGUGCUCAAGCCUCCACCUCCUCUGCUCACAAGGCCCUCCUGAAAAAGACCACCCCAGCCCUCCUCUGUGGCAGUCACCUCCUCUACUCAAGCAACCACCUCCUCUGCUCACAAGGCCCUCCUAAAAAAGAGAACACCACCCCAGCCUGCACAAGCCUCCACCUCCUCUGCUCACAAGGCCCUCCUGAAAAAGAAAAGACCACCCCAGCCUGCACAAGCCACCACCUCCUGUGCUCUACAGGCCCUCCUGAAAAACAGGCCACCCCAGCCCUCCUCUGUGGCAGUCACCUCCUCUGCUCAAGCAACCACCUCCUCUCCUCAACAGGCCCUCCUAAAAAAGAGACCACCACCCCAGCCUGCACAAGCCUCCACCUCCUCUGCUCAACAGGUCCUCCUGAAAAACAGGCCACCCCAGCCCUCCUCUGUGUCCUCUGCUCAAGGCUCCACCUCCUCUGCUCAAGCCUCUUCUGCACAAGCCUCCUCUGCACAAACCACCACCUCCUCUACUCAAGCCUCCUCCUCCUCUGGUCAACAGGCCCUGGAAAACAGACCCCCCCAACCUUCCUCUAUGCCAGUCUCCCCAUCAUCUGCACCAACAUAUUUUUUUCCUCUUUUUUAUCAAUCCAAGGCUUCAUCAAGCAAAAGGAAAGCUUCUGAGGACCAAAAACAAUGUUCAACAAAAAAAGAAGUAAAGG